AUGGGUGAAGAUGUGCCGGAUGGCGGUUGCAUGGGAAGAUCGAGACCCAUGGACUUUAAAAUGCGCGAAAAUGAUGACAGAUGUAAGGAAGAAAGUAAUCCUUUAAGAUCAUUAGAAAUUAUAAGAUUAAACACGCAAAUUACUGAAGAAAAUUUGUAUUAUAAAAUGGAUAAUAAAUUUCGGGGCCAUGCUUUUAUAUUUAACCACUAUAGAUAUAAAGAUAAAUCUCUUGAGACAAGGUCAGGAUCUAACAAGGAUGUGGAAAGACUAAUAAACAACUGUGAUAGUUUAGGUUUUAAAUGGAAAAUUUACACAGAUUUUACGUAUAGCAACAUUAAGAAAAAAAUUUAUAAAGCUUCAAAAAAAGAUUAUAUGGAUUGUGACUGUGUUAUGGUAUUUAUAAUGACUCAUGGGGAAAAAGAUUUGGUUUAUGCUUAUGAUAGGCUCUACAACCCUAAUAAGUUAUGGUCCAAAUUUGCCUCCAUUGGUAAACCAGUAUUGUUUUUUAUAAACGCUUGUCGUGGUAAUAAGUUUGACGAUGGUAAUAUUAUAAGGAAUUUUGUGCCGCAUCAAACGGGAGUUGAAAAUUUUAGCAGAACUGAUACCAAGGUCAUUUAUAGGCCUAAAGAGUCACCUACUGAACCAUAUUUACAUUUUCCAGAACCGCAAGAUCACUUGCUUGUAAUGUGGUCCUCGGCUCCAGGACAUUCCUCUUGGAGAAACAACAAUGGUUCAUGGUUUAUCCAAACAUUAUGUAAUAAAUUGGAACCACUUAAGUAUAAGGAAAGUUUACUUACAAUUUUAACAUUUGUAAAUCAAGAAAUUGCUUUGGAUUAUAGAAGCAAAACUGAUGAACCUGAAAAAUGUGAUAAAAAACAAGUUGGUUGUAUUUAUUCACAACUUUCAAAACUAUUUAAAUUUACGAAAAAAAAAACAAUAUAAAUAA